AUGCCGAUACGUGGCCUGCCUGUGCUCUUCUCGACACUCAGUUUCCUGUGCGGCCGUGCCCUACUGCCCUACAUGCUGUUGCCGCUCGGACUCAUCGACUCGACGCUCUGCUCGAGUCUUGACACUAGGUCGCCGAUCGCCUUCGCCUCGCGCCGUGUUGCCGUCGGCCGUCGCCCGCCGCUCCAACUCCUCCUCGCAUUUCUUGGACCCGUACACGCGCGCCUCACGCCAGGAGGGAACCCACCAAGAACCAUACGCACAGCGACGUACCAACACGACAUAUCAUCCAUGCGUCUGUCCCUCCUCCUCCUCCUCGCGGCCGCCCUCUCGGCCGGCGCGGCGCGAGCCGCGCCGGAGCCGGUACCUCCCGCGGGAGGGAAGCUGACGCCGGAGUACUACAGCCAGUCGUGCCCGCGCGGGGAGCGGAUAAUCGCGGAGGUGGUCCAGUCGAAGCAGACGACGAACCCGACGACGGCAGCGGCCGUGCUCCGCGUCUUCUUCCACGACUGCUUCGUGAGCGGGUGCGACGCGUCGGUGCUGAUCGCGUCCAACCAGUUCGCAAAGUCGGAGCACGACGCGGAGAUCAACCACUCACUGCCGGGGGACGCCUUCGACGCCGUGACGCGCGCCAAGCUGGCCCUGGAGCUGGAGUGCCCUGGCGUGGUCUCCUGCGCCGACAUCCUCGCGCUGGCGUCACGCGUGCUGGUCACCAUGACCGGCGGGCCCCGGUACUCCGUCCCGCUCGGCCGCAAGGACUCCCUCUCCUCGUCGCCCACCGCCCCCGACGUCGAGCUCCCGCACACCAACUUCACCGUGGACCGCCUCAUCCAGAUGUUCGGCGCCAAAGGAUUCACUGUGCAGGAGCUGGUGGCGCUAUCCGGCGCCCACACGCUGGGCUUCUCCCACUGCAAGGAGUUCGCGGACCGGCUGUUCAACUUCCGCGACAAGGGCGGGAAACUGGAGCCGUUCGACCCCAGCAUGAACCCGACAUACGCCAAGGGGCUGCAGGUCGCGUGCAAGGACUACCUCAACGACAGCACCAUCGCGGCGUUCAACGACAUCAUGACGCCCGGCAAGUUCGACAACAUGUACUUCCUAAACCUGCAGCGCGGCCUCGGCCUGCUCGGCACGGACCAGGAGCUGUGGACGGACCCGCGCACCAAGCCCUUCGUGCAGCUCUACGCCGCCAACGCCACCACAUUCUUCGACGACUUCGGCCGCGCCAUGGAGAAGCUCAGCUUGCUCGGCGUCAAGACUGGCGCCGAUGGCGAGAUCAGGCGGCGCUGCGACACCUACAACCACGGCCCCAUGCCCAAGUGA